AUGCUGGGGUGCGAGUUGUGUGCAGGUGUUGCGGACCGCGCCUCGGGGUUCCACUACAACAGUGCUGCUGCGAGAGGCUCCUCUCCUCUCUCUCUCUCUCUCUCUCUCUCUCUCUCUCUCUGUCUCUCUGUCUCAGAGCAGAGGAAGCGUAAGAAGGGCCCCUCUCCGAAGAUGCUGGGGUGCGAGGUGUGUGCGGUGUGUGCGGACCGCGCCUCGGGGUUCCACUACAACGUGCUGAGCUGCGAGGGCUGCAAGGGCUUCUUCCGCCGCAGUGUCAUCAAGGGGGCGGGGUACAGCUGCAAGGGGGGCGGGGCCUGCAGCGUGGACCCCUACAUGAGGAGGAAGUGCCAGCACUGCCGCUACAGGAAGUGCAAGCAGGCAGGCAUGAGGGAGGAGUGUGUUCUCUCUGAAGAACAGAUUCGCAAUAAGAAGCAGAAGAAGGUGGACGAGGAGCGCGGAGGGGGAGGAGCCAGGACAGGGAGCCCCGCCUCCAAAACCAUCGGCCACGCCCUUCACCACUCCUCCUCCAAUCAGGAGCCAGCUCCCCCCCUCACCCCCGGCCAAUCAGAGAUGAUCACACAGCUGGUGAACGCCCAGCAGCAGUGCAACAAGAGGUCCUUCAGCGACCAGCCCAAAGUCACGCCCUGGCCUGUGAACAGUGAGCUCAGUAACAGGGAAGCGAGACAGCAAAGGUUUGCUCACUUCACUGAACUCGCCAUCAUUUCUGUUCAAGAAAUCGUUGACUUUGCAAAACAAGUUCCUGGAUUCAUGGAUCUGUGUAGAGAAGAUCAAAUAGCAUUGCUGAAGGCAUCGACUAUAGAGAUCAUGCUGUUAGAAGCAGCGCGGCGCUACAGUGCUGAAAACGAAUGCAUCACCUUCCUGAAAGACUUCACCUACAGCAAAGAGGACUUCCAGCGAGCAGGGCUGCAGAUGGAGUUUAUUAACCCUAUCUUUGAGUUUUCGCGAGGGAUGCGAGGUCUCAUGCUGGAUGGAGAGGAGUUCGCUCUGCUAAUCGCUAUCUCACUCUUCUCCGCGGACCGACCCAACGUCACCAACCCAGGGCUAGUGGAACAACUGCAGCUCCCCUACGUGGAGGCGCUGAGAGCUUACACACGAAUCAAGAGACCGCAGGAUUGUUUGAUGUUUCCUCGGAUGCUGAUGAAGCUGGUGAGUCUGCGGACCCUGUCCAGCGCACACUCAGAGCAAGUGUUCGCUCUCAGACUGCAGGACAAGAGAUUACCACCCCUACUGUCAGAGAUCUGGGACGUGCACGAGUGAGGGGGGAGAGAGAGGGAGAGGAGGAGGAGAGGAGAGGAGAGAGGAGAGGAGAGAGGAGAGAGCGAGGAGGAGAG